UUCAUCUUUAUGUCUUUUGUAGAUUCUAUGAACCCUUCGCAACCCACAUCGUUCUCUGUUUUUUUACCCUUCUUGGGAACUUUCUCUCGCCGGUGAUCUCUCUCCUCUCUCUCUGACCUUGACGGUGACUACAGAUGAACUGAUGAAUUAUGCAUUGGCGGUGACAUAGAAACAUCAAAGGAGACAUCUUUGUUUGAAGCCAAGCCAUUGGGCAUAAAGACAUUAGGAGUUCUGGGUAUUGUUCCCAAUGCAUUCCCUGUCGUUUUCUUCUUCACUUCUGCCGCCAUCCGUGUCCACCCGCAGUUCACCACGGCUUCUGUCAUUGCAACUUAGGCGACUUAAAUUCGAUACAACCCGUCUAUGGAGUUGCUCUCUUUCGCCGACUGUUCCUUCAUUCCCCAAGAAAUUAUUUUAUUUGUUGUGUCGUAGACCCCCUUCUGCUUCUGCCACCACUCCCUCAGAGGGGGCAGCCCCUGUGGUCAAUGUAGAGGAUUUCUACGAAAAAGAUUGGUCCUUUCUCGAAUCUAUGGAAACCGGCUCUUCUGAUCAUGCCCAGAAGAUCGAACGGAUCGUAAAGGCAGGAGAGAUCUCGGAAUCAUCCAGGGUUUUGGUGUCCAUCGGGUCAGAAGCCUUCAUUGAUCAUCUGAUGGAAUCUUCACCGUCCCAACUUUUGCUCGUUGUGCAUGAUUCCCUCUUCGUGUUAGCUUGUGUCAAGGAAAAGUAUGACAAAGUCAAGUGUUGGCAAGGAGAACUGACCUACGUCCCGGAAAAAUGGUCUCCUUUGGAUGUCGUGUUUCUCUAUUUUCUACCAGCCUUGCCCUUCAGCCUCGACGAGAUUCUGAAGAUGCUGUCAGAACGUUGUUCACCUGGUGCAAGGAUUGUCAUCAGCCACCCACAAGGGAGAAAGGGCUUGGAGGAGCAGCGGCAGAAGCAGGACCCGGAUCAUGUCGUCGUCUCUGAGUUGCCCGACAGUUCAACUCUGCAGACCUUUGCUAAGAAGCACUCCUUCGAGGUGACUAAGUUCGUAGACGAGCCUGGACUUUACCUUGCUGUGCUGAAAUUUUCCAUAGCUUGAAAUCCUUCGGACAAAAUUCAGAUGUAUCGGAUAUUUUCCUUGUCUGAGUUUCUUGAUGGAGAAUGAUUUUUUUUUCAUAA